AUGCUCGGCUCCUGGGGCCUAGUUCCGAGAUCUACGUCUAAAUGGGCGGCGGCCUUAAUUCUCCUCUGCCAAUUAGUCCAACUGGCUGUGGCGUUGCGGACAACACCAGGAUCACCAUGUGCAAGCGUUUGCAAUAAGCAAUCGACCAACACGACGGGGUCUGAGAUUACCUGUCUAGAUACCGAUUUCACUGCCACCGGCAAAGGGUCGCAAUUCAAGCAGUGUGUCGACUGUCAGUUGCGCAGUACUUACAGUGACCCAUCUUCCGGGGAGACGGAUGUGGACUGGGGGCUUUACAAUCUUCGUUAUACUUUCACCUCCUGUGUCUAUGGCUACCCAAAAAGCGUGAGCAAUAUCUCCACGCAGUGCACAGUGAAUUGUCAGCCGUUGGACAGAGCCUUAGAGUUUGAUCUGACAGACCCGGGUGCGAAUAACUUUUACACCUGGUGUGGCACUACGUCGUUUGCCGACAAUCUCAUCACCCAGUGCGAAAAGUGCUAUAAUUUCACCCUCACCCAGACCCAGGAUCCGACAAAUGGUCAAUCACAGGUCUUUAUGGCGAACUUCCUUGAAGCGCUUCGAUAUAACUGCCAUUUUCGAACACCCACGGGCUUUGCAUUCCCUAUCAGCCCGACGAGGAUUUUCAGCGAGUCGCUGUUACCAUCCUCCACGGUAGACCUUAUCAACCCAACCCCGACCAGUGGUCCCGGGGUAAACCUGGCUCUGGUGAUCGCACUCCCGGUCCUGGGGUUCGUAAUUCUGUUGUGUGCACUGGCCAUAUGCUGCUUCUUUUUCAUUCGGUGGCGUCGCAGAAAGGCCCGAAAGCACCGACAAUCCAGCCACCUCCAUGCCCGGUGGAACGAUACCGGCAUCAGUACCCCGUGGGCAAACUACCACGAGAUGUACAGUCCCACCAUGUAUCAGCAGGGUUACGGGCAGCAGCCGGGUUUCACCUUCGUCGACAACGAUGGACAAUAUCGGGAUGUGGGUUAUUCCAAGAAUAUCACCGAGGUAACUGCAUCCACUGUCGCAACGCCUCCCCUGAACCUUUCCCCAGACGGAGAGAAACAGAAAAACCCCGAGUACCCUGAGUACUUCGGCCAGGAUUCCAAGCAGAAGCGGUAA